AUGGAGGUUAUGGAAGAAGGAAACCUUAUGGACAGAAUUCCGAUUCUGCUUCAACGUGAUUUGCAGUACUAUGAGGCCAAUCAAAAAGUGCUUCAGGAAAAUAUCUGCUCCGGUGUGGUCGGUGGCAAACUGGACUUUCCACGCUCGGCGUCCUUCGCAUCGGUGAAGAUCGUCCUCUGGUUGGAGGACGAAUAUUACGCAGCGUAUAGGAAAAAUUCCGGUCUGCUGCAUUUGGCCGAUGCGCUGCAGGAUCAGCAGGGCAAGGAAUCGGAAGAGGCUGCCGGCUGUGGCGGUAUCGUGAAGUCGUCCGAUCCGGAAAAGUUUGUAAUUUUGGUAUCGAAAUCGGUGGACAAUUUGUUGGAGCACAUCCACACGCUGUCGCAGGAGGCGCUCGAUCACGCCGAUCUGACGGUGUUAACGGCCACGAUCGGGGCUGCAGCCCUGGUAAAGAACAGCCUGUGCGUGUGGAUACAGUGCGUGACGAAAACCGUGUGUCCGCCGAAGGGCGACGAGAAGGGCGGGUCGCUUAAGCUGAGCUACAAGCAGUACUCGGAAAUGACGGAAGCCCUGGCGGAGCGACUGCUCGAUCUUCACUGCCGGCUGCUGACGCUGUACAUCACGCAGGAUGCCGACUGUCUGCACUGGGAGAGCCAGCAUCCGUUCUUCGAGUCCGAGCGUGGCUCGUACACCAUCCAGAUGUGGUGGCUGUACAUGCAAGGCACGAAGCAGGACCUCUGGAACUCGGUGCCACCGACGAUGGCCCAGCGCGUCUUUGCCGGGAUGCUCAACGAAACACUGACCGUGCUGACGGUUCGUUACACGCAGACCGCGCCAAGUCGCGCCCGCUCGAUGCUUCUGUUGGUGGACAUCUCGAACGUGCUCCUGUGCGUCGGCGAGCUACUGCCAGCCAUCUGUGCCAACGGAGAAGCGUUCGUCGGGUUGAACCUCCCGAACCAGAGCAAAAUUAUCCGUGACGUGCACGCCAAAUGCCAGGAGCUGUUCUGCUGUCUGCUGAUGCGUGGCAUCCCACUCGGGGCUCUGUACAAGAUCACCAAGAAGGCCGUUCAUGGUGGCAUUGCAAUGUUUAACCAGCGCCAAGGAUUGAUCGUACCGUGGACCAUCUUCGUGAUGCCGCGCCUGUUUCCGGCGAACCAGAACGCGCACUGGGCCGGCCGCUGCUCGGAGCUUCCGACGAGUACGGCCAUUUCGCUCGAACUGAAAGUGCUGCUGGCCGCACCACAGGCCAACUGGUGGCUCCUGUUGAAGGCGCUGUUGAUGCGCGAAGCGCACCUGUCGUCGAUGAUCUUCCACCACCUGAUCCGCAACCUGCCGUCGUGCGACAACUUUAUUCCCAGCUCGAAGCAACCGUCGGUCAGCAGGGAUUGCUUGUCGAAGAAGUGCGAUGGCUUCCUGUGUGGCGUCGAGUGUAACGACAUCGUCCAGUGGGCCCUGGAGCAGAACGAUCCAAUCGGGCAAUCCAACUACCAGGUGUUGAUGGGACUAACGUACAUCGUGAUAAUGGCUGGCAAAACGUCCGACAUCAACAAAACGCUCAUCUCGGCGCUGGAGAAGAGCAAAAUGAACGAUUGGGCAUCGUGCCUCGAUCGGCGGCAGGUUUGGAACCAGAAACGGCCACCGUGGCUCGAAGCGAUUCUGCAUCUGAUCUACCCGAUUCUCGGACCGAUCGUGCAGAUGCUGGUGUCCGCCGUGCAAACCACGGCCAGCAUGUACCAGGCGAUGUCGCUGUCGCUGUCAUGUUUCGCCGAGAUGUGGGACUGCAUUCCGGACUGUUUCUACACCGUCACCAACUGCCUGACGGAAAUUCUGCCGGCCGAGAUACGGCCACUCGGCGACUCGGUGCUCAUACAGUUGCUCUACAUCGCCCUCUACUCGAAGCUGCUGGACGUGGCCGAAACCGAGGGCGAAGCGGAAGCGAAGGAACAGGCGACCGCCGGCACGGGUGCGGCCACCUCACCACCGGAUGGCGGUGCUGCGCCGGCACCAGUUUCGACGCUCAACAUGAAACCCAAAUCGGUCAUCUGCCAGACGUUGGCUGAGGCGAUCUGUUUCAUCGACGAAGACAACAAACACACGGAACAGAUCAACUCGCUGAUCAGUCAGGCGCGCGAAAGUCAGCGGUCGAUGGGAGCGUUGGAGAACGAAAUUGACGAUGCGGUCGGGUUCAACAGCUUCGCCAGCACGUCGCGGGUGGACGACGUCGAAGCGUUCCUCCGGCAGACGACACCGAGCGUGCGCUCCGAGGAGGAGUUCGAUGUGGAAAAUGCCGAGUACAUCGCGGAGAUGCUCGUGAGCGAUGUGCUGAUGACGAGCGUUGGUAAGUUGAGCAUGAAAAUGCUGUACCAGUACACGCGCAAGAACUUUGAGUGGAUUCUGCAGCAGCUGGGCGUGAGCGACGUCGAGCACAACCCACUGCAGCCGAACCCGGGUCAGAGCAUCCGCGAGGAGCAGCAAACGUUGAUCGAUCUGAUGUUCCACAUUGGGCACCGAUCGUUCGAUCAGCUGCUCAGCGGUGGCCUGGACAUUGACUACACCAAGUGGUUCCAAACGCCCAUGUCCAUGAGUGGCGAGAAGGCUUGGCUGCAGGUUUGUCAGCGCUGGGAGUUUCAGGAGAACGCCAAACUGUCCGUCCACGAGGCACUCAUGGUUUCGUUCAUCACGUCACAGUUGAAACCAUAG